AUGGACAAGAACAAGGAUCUACUGGAGAACGAGCAAUUUCUCCGCAUCCAAAAACUAAAUGCCAGCGACGCCGGCAGAAGACGGUCCAUACUAGUGGACAACGAGGACGAGCUGUACGGGCUGGGCUCCGGCAGCAGUUCAUCUGGCAGCGAGCACGAGGACGAACAGCCUGCCAAGAGCACUACCACGACUACGACCACGACCACGACCACGACCGCGGCUACGCAGAACCACAGCGCCGACGACGUUGCAUUCAUCCCGGGCACGACUGCGGACAACACAGAAACAGUAACACAGGUGGUUGAAACAGACGACAACGUGUUCAAGACGMACGUUCAGACCCUGAGCUCCAAGGAGAAGUCGAGGUACAGAAAGGGCUCGUCUGACUUCAUCUCUUUCUUCGACGACAUGGCAUUCGAAAACAGGCCCAGUAUACUGGACGGGUCCGUGAACGACCCCUUCAAGACCAAGUUCGUGGGACCCACGUUGGAGAAGGAGAUCAGGAAGAGAGAGAAGGAGCUCAUGGCCAUGCGUAAAGAUCUGCAUCACGGCAAGCCCGCUCCGGAUGCCGACACACCGGGCCUGGACGCCUCUACCACCUCCAUCACCACCACCGCCCCUGCCUCGGUCGCCAGCCCAGAGACGGUCGUUACCAUCGAGACUACCAUCCUCUCUUCCAACUUCUCCGGGCUGUACGUGGCGUUCUGGAUGGCAAUUGCAUUUGGUGCUGUGAAGGCUUUGAUAGACUACUACUACCAGCACAACGGCAGCUUUAAGGACUCAGAGAUUCUGAAGUUCAUGACUACAAACCUGUCCACUGUCGCUUUGAUCGACCUCAUAAUGUACUUGAGCACCUAUUUCGUCGUAGGAAUACAAUACUUGUGCAAAUGGCGGGUUUUGAAUUGGAGCUCAACUGGCUGGGCUUUCACCUCGAUCUAUGAGUUACUUUUUGUCGGGUUCUUCAUGUACCUGACAGAAAACAUUUUGAAAUUGCAUUGGCUAUCGAAGAUCUUCCUCUUUUUGCAUUCUUUGGUCCUGUUGAUGAAAAUGCAUUCGUAUGCCUUCUACAAUGGCUACCUGUGGGGGAUAAAGCAGGAGCUGCAGUUUUCCAAAAGCGCUCUGGCCAAAUACAAGGAUUCUGUAAACGAUCCAGAGGUUAUUGACGCUCUUGAGAAAAGUUGCGAGUUCUGUAGUUUUGAACUAAACUCCCAAUCCUUGAACGACCAGAAGCAGAAAUUCCCCAACAAUAUCAACGUGAGCAAUUUCUUCAUGUUCACCAUGUUCCCCACCUUAAUCUACCAAAUCGAGUAUCCAAGAACUAAAGAAAUCAGAUGGGCUUAUGUGCUAGAAAAAAUUUGCGCCAUCUUCGGUACCAUUUUCCUAAUGAUGAUCGAUGCUCAGAUCUUGAUGCACCCUGUCGCAAUGAGGGCCUUAGCCGUACGCAAUUCCGAAUGGACUGGAAUAAUGGACAGACUACUCAAAUGGGCUGGAUUGCUCGUAGACAUUGUCCCCGGGUUCAUCGUGAUGUACAUCUUGGAUUUCUAUUUGAUUUGGGAUGCCAUUUUGAAUUGUGUGGCAGAAUUGACCAGGUUCGGCGACAGGUACUUCUACGGUGAUUGGUGGAAUUGUGUCAGUUGGGCUGAUUUCAGCAGAAUUUGGAACAUCCCAGUGCAUAAGUUUUUGUUAAGACAUGUUUACCACAGCUCUAUGAGUUCGUUCAAGCUGAACAAGAGCCAGGCAACCUUGAUGACCUUUUUCUUAAGCUCCGUCGUCCACGAGUUGGCCAUGUACGUUAUCUUCAAGAGACUGAGAUUCUACUUGUUCUUCUUUCAAAUGCUCCAAGUACCAUUGGUGGCCUUGACCAACACCAAGUACAUGAAAGACAGAACCGUCAUCGGUAACGUUAUUUUCUGGCUGGGCAUUUGUAUGGGACCCAGUGUCAUGUGCACGUUGUACUUGACAUUUUAA